AUGGCACGAUUCAUCUUGGACAAAAUGGAAAUGAAACUGGGGCCAUUAGGAGAUUAUAGCUGUGGAGAAAAAUGGCAAGAAUAUAGCAGUAGCCCAAUAAGUCACAUUUUCGUCACUUAUCACUCCCGUGGUGUAACAUCUAUUCAGUUUGGAUAUGUCGAAAACGGAGCUCUGGUCUUGUCAACAAAGUACGGCUCAAUAUACGAUGACGAUAGUAUUCGAAUUGUGAGGCUGAACCAUGAGUCUGAGUUUGUCACUGGGAUCAGCGGAGAGGAGUGGGGCGCUGAUAUUACCUCUCUUACGAUUCAUACAAACGAGAGAAAGCACCUGGCCUAUCACGGCGGGAAGUUCGACUCACCGAAGAUGAGACGACCUGAGACGACAGAGUACCAUUCGGGAAUUCAUGACCGACGUGAAUUUGGCGGUUUCUUUGGAUCUAGCGACUGUUACAAACUUCGGUCUGUAGCUGUCUCUCAUUUUAUGGAGAUGAUCAGAGCAGGACCAAUUGGUGAUACAGAGUCAAAGACACACACUCAUUGGGACGAAAAGGGCAAAGCAAUGGUCUCUCAUAUAUUCGUUUCUUUUGACUCAUAUAUAAAAUCGAUUCAGUUUGGCUACUCUGAGAAGGGAGCUAUAGUCAUGUCUGAAAAGUACGGUGGUUCCUCCGAGGGACACAACCUCCGAGUUGUGAAACUGAAGCACAAUGAAUUUGUGACUUGGUUGAGUGGCGUUUUGAAUUUGAAUGACAGAAUCAACUCAUUGACAUUUUACACUAACCUAGGGAAACACGGACCCAUUUGUGAGCCAGCUGUAAACAAGUAUUUAACAAGUUUCGAGAAAGAAAUUGUUGAUCUCGGGAUAUGUGAUCGCCGUGAGUUUGGUGGUUUCUUUGGGUCUUGCGACGGGUCCCGUCUUACAUCAAUCGGUAUCUAUGUGAGUCCCAUUCCAAGCUCCAGCACAGCGGCUAAGCGUGAAAACGUUUAG